GGCAGAUGUUGACUGUUGACAGAUCCUUUCGCUCGAAGUGGCUGGAAAACAGGAAUCGCUCGGCGUGAGGAGCGAGCGUGUUCUUUGUGGCUUAGAUCUAAACCUACGGCAAGAUGAGCGCAAAAGAAGUCGAGCUGGAGCAGUGUCUGGCAGAAGCCGAGAAACAUCUGAAAACAUCUUUUCUGAAGCGACAACCUAAUUACGAGUUGGCGGCGGAUCGAUACCAACGAGCGGCUCAGCUGGCUCGCGGGCAAAAUGAGAAGCAGCGAGAUCUUCUAUUGAAAGCAGCGGACUGUUUUGUGAAACAAGGCUCUUUCUAUUCUGCCGGGAAGCAGGUUGAAGCGGCUGCUCUAGUCUCCAGAGAUAUGAAAGACUUUGCCCAAGUCGCCGCUCUAUUCGAGAGAGCAAGCAAUCUUUUCGUCCAGCACAGGAGUAUCGAUUCCGCCGCGUUGGUCCUGGAGAGGGGUGCCAAAAUCUUGGAACAGCAAGAGAGCCACUGGAAGGAUGCGAUCGCCUUCUACAAACGUGGGGCCGAGCUUGCUCUCAUGGAAGAGAAAAAUCGUCAAGCGGGGGAAUUCUACGGGAACGCUCUAAAGAUGGCUCUGAAACUCAAGGACUACGAUGACGCUCUCAACAUGGUGCUCCGACAGCGCGAAAGCUAUGAACAGGACGGAGCCAGUGGCGACUUAUCCGGACGACUUGUCGUUUAUCAAAUUCUCAUCCAGAUCGCCCGCGGGGAUGAGAUCGCCGCCCAGAAAGCUCUCCGCGACGGCUCCGGCUGGCUCGAUCAGGAGCAAUACGAUAUCAUGAGUACACUUCUCAAGGGCUUCGAUGAACGUGAACCCGACCUGAUCGUCCACGCGUUGAAUCAUCCCUUCCUUAAACACAUGGACACCGAGAUGGCGAAGGUUGCCAGGAAUCUUCGGCAGAUGCACCUGGAGAAAGCCGAGAACGAAAAACAGGCUAGCGCUUCAACUUCCAAUGCGGAAGCAGAAGCAGGGAACGACAAUGGUUUUGAUGCCAGUGAGCUCCUCUAAGAACGUAGACCAUGCCGAAGUGCGGCAGUCGAGGAGAACGAAUCGUGGUCAUAUCUCAUACUGGCGAAAAAGUCAACGCAGCUGACCGCUCUCGGCGGUCUUGCCUCUAUCUGUGAGGGGUUUGGGACCCGUUGCUGCUAACUGUCAGAGCGUCGAUUAGGGCUGCUGACAUGGAGUCAGGCGGAAGUGGGUCCCUUAGGAUAGAAACACCGAGUUUUAUUCCAUUCGCGUCGAAGCUGGAGCAAGGAACGGGAGGGAGGAGCGAUCUGCUCAAUGAUUCUGUUCCGAGUAUUAGAAACGUUCCCCAUUGAUUUGGGGCGUGUACAUGCUUAAUAUGUUAUUGACGGGUAUUGAAACCUGUGUGUGUCUGAUCGAGUAGGUGCAAAGAUUUGUUGUGGACAUCUUGUCGACGGUCUGUCGAAUUUUGCCGUCAAGCUCGUUUGACAGCUCUUGUUUCGGAACAACGCAAUAAAGACAAUGAAUAAGUUGAGCCU